CCCGCCCCGUCUCCAAGAUGGCUGCUGCCAUGCCGCCCGGCCCGGAGCCGUGGAACCGCGUGAGGAUCCCUAAGGCGGGGAGCCAGAGCACCGUGACCGUGCGGGACCCUGGCGCCUCCUUGAACCUUUGCAUUGCAGCUGUAAUUAAAGAAUGCCAUCUUGUCACACGGUUGCUGAGGAGUCAACCCUUAGAUGCAGAAGCAGAUGUGUUAUGUGCAGUCCUUUACAGCAAUCACAACAGAAUGGGCCGCCACAAACCUCAUCUGGCCCUCAAACAGGUUGAACAAUGUUUAAAACGUUUAAAAAACAUGAAUUUGGAGGACUCAAUUGAAGAUGUAUCUGAGCUGCUUUCUUCCACUGAAAGUCAGCCUGCAUCUGCCAAAACGUGUGUCAUCCCCAGCCAACCAGUGGUGGAAUUGGUGUUGAUGAAGGUUUUGGGAGCCUGCAAGUUGUUACUCCGCUUAUUGGACUGCUGUUGCAAGGCAUUUCUCUUAACUGUGAAACAUCUAGGAUUGCAAGAGUUUAUUAUUUUAAAUCUUGUGAUGGUUGGGCUGGUGAGCAGAUUCUGGGUUCUCUAUAAAGGUGUUUUAAGAAGGUUGAUUUCUUUAUAUGAGCCAUUGUUUGGAUUACUUCAAGAAAUCACUAGGAUUCAACCCAUGCCUUACUUUAAAGGUUUUACCUUUCCUUCUGAUAUUGCUGAAUUUCUAGGACAGCCCUAUCUUGAAGUCUUUAAGAAAAAAAUGCCUACAGCUUUUGCAGCUAAAGGAGUAGCUAAGCUACUAAAUAAACUCUUUUUAACAAAAGAACAAUCUUCAAGGUCCAGCGAAGACACUUUACUUAGAAUUUCCAAAAAAGCUAAACAAAUGAAGACCAAUAUACAGAAUAAUGUGGAUCUUGGACAGCCAGUAAAGAAUGUCUUCAAAGAAAAAUCUACAGGAUUUGAUGUGAGGUCUUUCUGCAAACAGCUGAAACACAAAGCCACUGAGGAGACCAGCUUUGAGUUUAAAGGUUCUCAAUCUAAACUGAAGCCAACAAAACAUUCUCAGAAAGUGAUACGAACUACUCCUGCCAGAAAUUUUGUGCAACGAUUCCGAGAGGCCAAGACUUUCAAACAACUCUCUGAAGCAAUUCAAAUGGCAAUUACAUGGUGCAGGAGCACAAAACUCAAGGCUCAGGCUACCUUUCUGGGUAACAAACUUCUUAAAAGUAACAGGCUUAAACAUGUGGAAGCUCAAGGUUAUAGUUUGCCAAAGAAACUAGAGUGCAUAAAAACAUCUAUUAGCAACUGUCUUCUUCGUGGCUCAGGAAUCAAAACUUCAAAGUAUCAUCUGAGACAAAGGAGAUCACAGAAUAAAUUUUUUCUGAGACAAAGGAAACCACAGAGAAAGUUGCAGUCAAUUCAUCUGAAGGAAAUACAGCAGUUCUCUUCAAAGAGUGCUACAGACACCAGUGCUAAGUGGAGACUCUCAUGCCAUACAGUUCAGAGAACUGAUCCUGGUCCUAACAGUAAGCAGCUCUUGAGUAGCAGACUUUCAAGUCCUGUCAAACAAACUAAGGAGCAACAGAUUCAUGAGAACCUCCUAGGAAGCAAUGGAAGUGAAUGUGAUUCAUGGAUAAAAACACAAAUAAACAAAGAGAGUAUGCCAGAAUCUGUUAAGGAGACAGAUGACAUUGAUGACAUUUUUGCUUUAAUGGGAGUUUAGAUGUUCAUAUGUGAGACUUUUAAAGUAGUUAACAAUCUGAGUCAGUCUUCUGCUGUUUUAAGAGGAGCUGCUUCUGUGUAACAUCACAUAGGAGUUCAUUUUGGUUCAGUAAACAUUUAUAGUUGCUUUGUGCCAUUUAUCAACAAGUGUUUAUUUUGUUUUGACUACAUGACAGGUAUUAAGAUGAAAAGUCUGUCAGUCUGCCCUUGAGAAACAAAUGUAAUUCCUUGACUGGGGCUGAUAGGUCCCUAAAAAUUUGAAUAGUUUUAUGAUUUACCAGGGAAUGAAGACCUGAAUAAUAAAGUUUGCAAAAACUCCUGUGCCUUAAGGUAAAUGGGGAGUAAAUUGGAGACUAGCAAGGAAGUACCCUUGAGGGUCACUUAGUCCUUUAAGUCCACCUCUAAAUACCAAUGUUUAUAGCUUCCAUCCAUUGUGCUGUCUUGUUUAUGUAUUAGACUGAAUUAUCAAAAAGACUUAAAUGUUUUGUCAGUAAUUUGUAUUUAUUACCAGAGACAGGGAACAACCAUUAUUUCUCUUCAUUUGUUCACCUUAUCCCACAGGAGGGUACAUUAAAAUACUUUUGAAGAUUUUCAAUAGAUUUUUAGUUAUUUGUUAAUAUUGUUGAUGUGGUACCAAUCAAGGAUUUUUUUUCUCCCUAGUAAACCUUUUCCAUUAGGGAUAUAAGAUGGCUUGUGGUUACAUGUGAAAUGCAACAGGAUAACAAAGAAGUAUUAGGAGACACAAAAUAUGCCCUGGAAUAAAGGUAUAAUUUGUCGUUGGGUGCUGAUGAUAUCUGGUAUUUGCAUGUGUUUGUACAAUUGGCCUGAGAGGCUAAAUCUUCAUGUAUUUCCAAAUAAUGAUGUGAAAUUUAAGGUAUUGCUCAAAUGUACAGACUUGACUGGAGUUAAGUUAUUAUGCUUCUCAGGUAGCCUUAAGUUUUAUGUUGUUUCAGAGACAGGAAAAGAAUACAGUGCCCUCACAUAUUCUGCAUCCUUCCUUUCCUCAGCCAUCCUACCAUUUUUUUCCUCUGUAUUUCCUUUCCAUUUUUUACCCACCUUUGUUCUUUCCAUCUGUUUUCUUCAUUUUCUCACUUAUCUGUAUCAGUGGUUCUUGAACUUUUCAUUUUUUUGAGUCACCUGGUAAGUUAUUUAAAAAUAGAAUCAUAGCCUCUUCUCUUAGAUUGAUAAACAUGGACCAGGGAUGAGGCCAGAAGUCUGCAUGUUUAUUUUAAUAAGGAGCUCAGGAGAUUUUGAUUCAAGUGACCCCAAAUCCAGAGCCAAUGAUAUAAAUACUGGUUAGCUUCUCUCCUGAAACACUGUUAAACAUCCUGUUUUUAAUUUGGAAUUCUUAAUUUCUAGACUAACUAUUCCUUCUGGCCUUUUGACAAAUGGCAGUAAGUAGCUACUUGGUGCCUUAAAACAUGGACAGUGACAUACACAUACCACUCCAUCUUCUGCCAUGUGAAGCCUAAGGACUGCUAGCAAGAAAGCUAUCACCAGGAAAGAACCCUCAACCUUGUUCCCCUAGGACCAUAAACCAACAUAAAUCUCUUUUCUUGAUAACUCUGAAGAAAAAUUAUCAAAAAUUCCAGGACAAUAUCAAGGAUGUUGUAUUCAUGACAAUCUAGAAAUGUGAUCAGUGUCUAAAUGGCUUUGUAUCCUGUGUAUUUCCUUUACAUAUUGGGAAAUGAAGGUAAAUUAGUAAGAGAAGAGUUGGUGUAGAAUAGCUUUGUCACCCUAGGUCCCGGUUUAUUUUGGGGAAUUGUUAAUAUUCAAACACCUAUUUACUAUCCCAAGAAACUUCUUGGAAGAUUUCACAUCCUAAUUUCUAAUUUAGAAGAUAAAAUGAAAGGUCCCUACAUUUAAAAAAAAUUUUUUUAGUUGUAGGUGGACACAAUAACUUCAUUUUAUUUUUAUGUGGUGCUGAGGAUUGAACCCAAUGAUGCCUCAUGCAUGCUAGGCGAGCACUCUACCACUGAGCCAUAACUAACUACCCAGUCCUAGAAUUAAGAUUUAAGGUCAGUCUUGCUGCUGCUUUUACUUUGAUGUGAUUCCACUGAGCUAGUCAGUUUUCCUAUGUGUAAGUUUCAGCAUCUGAAGUGGCAUUUUUGUUCAAAAAUCAUGAAUUUUUAUAGUUGAAAGAAACUUUGGUUAUCAUCCCUCAUAAAAACCAGAGUGGUUCAGUGAGUUUAGGUUGAGUUAUAAAGCCUGGGUUGGACUAUCAGCUGAGCAUUUUUUUCUACAAACCUUUGGGUUAAUCAUCUUCAUUGCUUCCGUUUUCCUUUACAAAUUAAUCUUGCUUAAAGCUCAUUUUUGUUUUUCACUAGAGAAUAUGUCAAUUCCUUAAUGACAAUGUUUUAUAAUAAAUACCUAUGACUUUUGCUAUA